AAAUUUUUUUAUGAAACAAAAAAUAUAAUUGUUUGUUCAACAGAAACAAUGUACUGUAGCUUUAGUUUAUAGGGGGCUUCAGUUGCAUAAACAUGGACAAUUUGAACCUAUACGAAUUGCUGGGAGUGGCUCCGGAUGCAACCGAUGACGAGAUUAAAAAGAACUAUCGCAGAUUGGCUAAAGAAUUCCAUCCAGAUAAAAAUCCCGAUGCUGGUGACAAGUUCAAGGAGAUAGCUUUUGCCUAUGAGGUGCUGUCAGAUCCGGAAAAACGUCGCGUAUACGACCGCCAUGGUUUGAAGGGGCUGCAGGAGGGUGCCGAAGGUUUCGCAGAUGCCUCCGACCUCUUGAGCCAAUGGUUUCCAUUCGGCGGGGCCACCGGCGGUCGUCCCAAGCGUGAGGGAAAAGUGGUGAUUAAGCUGGAGCUGACGCUGGAAGAGAUUUAUGUGGGUGGCAUGGAGAAAACGUUGGAAUACAGUCGACAGAAGCUGUGCGAAAACUGCAACGGCGAUGGUGGGCCCCAGGACGCACAUGAGAGCUGCGAGGCUUGUGGCGGUGUCGGCCGAGCUGCUGCCUUUACCUUCAUGGGCCUAAGCCCUUUCGAUGCUACCUGCCCGGCAUGCGAUGGACGUGGUUUUACCAUCAAAGACAAUAGGAAAUGCAGCCCAUGUCGUGGCAGUGGCUUUGUGGAGGAGAAAAUGAAACGGGAUCUGAUCGUGGAGCGUGGUGCUCCACACAUGCUGAAAGUGCCCUUUGCCAAGGAGGGACAUCAAAUGCGUGGAGGUGAAUUUGGCGAUCUGAUUAUUGUGCUCGCCCAGCAAGACCAUUCAACCUUUCAGCGACGUCACGCUAAUCUCUAUAUGAGAGACCUGGAGAUCAGCCUAACCGAGGCUCUCUGCGGCUAUACGCAUUGCUUUAAUCACUUGGAUGGCCGAAGCGUGUGUUUGCGCACGCAGCCUGGCGAGGUGUUGCAACACAAUCACAUCAAGAUGCUGCGUGGCGGUGGCAUGCCCGUUUUCAAUUCGCCCGCGGACACGGGUGAUCUUUAUAUGAAGUUUAAGGUGAAGUUCCCUGAGAAUGGGUUUGCCACAGCAGAGCAGAUGGCUCUGUUGGAGGAAGUUCUGCCGCCCAGGGAACACAUCGUCAUUCCAGAGGGGGCCGAGGAGGUUGAGAUGACCGACUACAAGCCACAAGCGCGUCCAAAUCCACACGGGGAUGAUGAGGAGCACGGAAAUUCGCCACACUUUGAAAGCGUCCAGUGCCAGACGGCUUAGUUGUUGUGGUUAUGGCUACUGCAGGCUCUAUACUUUUGCUUGGAUCUUUGGCAGCUUCUGUUCACGCUCAGCGUGGACGAGAUCUGCUUCUUGUUGCCGCUAGUCGUCUUAAUAUGCAUAGUAUUAUUUAUCAUACAGGAAUGUUUGCUGUGAAAAGCUGCGUGAUCAAAAUUUUGUAGUAAUCGAGACUAAGCUUAGCUGGAUAUGGAUCGCGUUCAUUAAUCCCACUAAAUUAUUGUACGGCUUACACACACUCUCUAAACCUAAACCUUAACUAUUUAUUUUUCUUAACUAAAUACACAUUUAUCUCACUGUAGAAAAGAUAACAACCAA